GACACACGAGGAGAGGGGUUUCAUUCUCAGCCCAAAGCUUCGCUCAGUCACAGCCCAUUCCGGAGGAGAGGGGGACACACAGCUCCGUACUUCGCCGUGUCCGUGUUGUUGUCAUCUCCGCCCCUGUCUGACUGAACCGCAGCCCGCCCGCCCGCCUGCGCUCCACGUCGCCAGAGGAAGAAGGAAUUUUUAUUUUUUAUUUUUUUUAAUUCGGCCGCAGAUUCCCGAGUCGGACCCUUGGAGACUUCAGCUCUUUUCGUUUUUUUGUGUGUGUGUGUGUGUUUGUUUUUGUUUUGCUCACGAUGUCCUACGAACAGUGAGCCGGUUUGAGUCAAUGCUGCCGCGGCCGGCGCGCUCUGCACACGCGUGGGUCAUGCUCCGCACCUGACCGCCCUUCCGACAGACUUUCUGAGUUUAGACCCGAGCAGGAGGAAGAAAAAAAAAACUCAGCAUCGCUACGAGAAGUUGCCAUACUGCUGCGGACUCCUGGCGCACGGACGGUUGUACACUAAAUUAGAAAUCAUUACUUUUUUUUUUUAAUUUUUUUUUUUACCUAAAUAAAGCUGCAUCCCCGAGGCGAAACGGCGACCUCAGUCGAUUACCUUUCUUUCCUUUGCUAUCCAAUGGAUAUUCACUGCAAAGCGGACCCCUUCUCGGCGAUGCACCUGUCCCACGCAGGGCACGGCGGUGUGAACCAGCUCGGCGGGGUGUUUGUGAACGGCAGACCCCUCCCGGACGUGGUGAGGCAGCGCAUCGUGGAGCUGGCCCACCAGGGUGUCCGGCCCUGCGACAUCUCCAGACAGCUACGGGUCAGUCACGGCUGUGUCAGCAAAAUCCUCGGCAGCUAUCAGAAGGCAUUUCAGAGGUACUAUGAAACCGGCAGUAUCAAACCUGGAGUCAUCGGUGGCUCCAAACCAAAGGUUGCAACUCCAAAGGUGGUGGAUAAGAUCGCUGACUAUAAGCGGCAGAAUCCCACCAUGUUCGCUUGGGAGAUAAGGGACCGACUACUGGCCGAGGGCGUCUGCGACAACGACACUGUCCCCAGCGUGUCAUCCAUCAACAGGAUUAUCCGCACCAAAGUCCAGCAGCAAUUCCACCCGUCCCCCGACGGAUCCGUCACGCCUCUGUCCACGCCGGGCCACACCAUAGUUCCCAGCACGGCCUCGCCCCCGGUGAGCAGCGCCUCCAACGAUCCCGUAGGAUCCUACUCCAUCAACGGCAUUCUGGGUAUCCCCCGCUCCAACGGCGAGAAGAGGAAACGAGACGAGGUUCUCUGGACCGGCAACCACUUGGAUGGAAGGAAAAUUGGACAUUAUGGCUCCGAUGGCUCAGGUCCGGGCAGCGACUCUCAGGGCAGUGUGGAGAGUUUAAGGAAGCACCUGCGAGCGGAUGCCUUCACCCAGCAGCAGCUGGAGGCCCUGGACCGCGUGUUUGAGCGUCCCUCUUACCCUGAUGUCUUCCCCACUUCAGAACACAUCAAACCCGAACAGGCGAAUGAGUACUCACUCCCGUCCCUGAACCCUGGCCUGGAUGACGUGAAGCCGAGCCUUUCCUCCAGCGCCAGCGCCGACCUCGCCUCCAGUGUCUCCCAGAGCUACUCUGUUGUGACAGACGCUCACCCAUCAUAUCCGCCUUCCAUGUGUGUAAAGCGAGAGCCCCAUGAGGCAUCCUUUGCCCCCUUCACCCCCUCCUCUGUUGGGGAUUCUGCUCUAGCCGACAUCUUGUCCCACCAGUCCGGCCUCUCUAUAGAUGCCUCUACUCCCAGCUACCCUGCCCAUGCCCACGGCCCCCACUACAGCCAGUAUGCCAACCAGUAUGCCAGCCAGCCCUUUAUAGCAGGUCGAGACAUGGCCAGCACCACCUUACCUGGCUACCCGCCUCAUGUCCCGCCCACAGGACAAGGCAGCUACCCCACCUCCACGCUCGCCGGAAUGGUCCCUGGUGGGGACUUUUCUGGAAACCCUUACUCUCAUCCACAAUACACCACCUACAACGAAGCAUGGCGGUUCAGCAAUCCAGCGUUACUAAGUUCCCCUUACUAUUAUAGCGCCGCGUCCCGUGGCUCAGCACCUCCCGCCGCCGCCGCCGCGUACGACCGCCACUAGGUACCACGGAGACCAUCUCGAACUGCAGGGCCGCGGCUUCGGCCUCCAUAUUGUCCCCGUCUGAGAAACACUGAGUUCAAAGGGAAGCGAGGGGGAAUCCUAGAGGAAACCCCGUUGUGUCACGCCAUGUGGAGGAAGGAUCGGCGAAGGUCGACGCCGGGUGCGUCCAGCCCAGCUUCAGCGUCACUCACUUUGGGUCAAAAGGGCCGGAAGCGGGGGUGUGUGGGGGGGGGGAUUCAGAACUCACCCAUCAUGCCCUCACUCUCUCAAAGGCCAGAACAUUUCCAAAAUGACUUUAAGAGAUUAUAUAAAUAUAUAUAUUAUAAAAUAUAAAUUGAAGAAAAACAUUGUGAGAAGAAUAUCAUGUGGAAAAAAAAAUGUUGUGGGUUUUUAUUUUUGUUCCUCUGUUGCUGUCGUUGUUGUUGUUGUUGUUGUUAUUUUAUUCAUGGAUCCGCACAUUCCUUCGAUGUGAUGAACUGCGGUAUUUUUCUGCUCUAAAGAGAGAGGUCCAGGGGAGAUGACAAUGGUCCCAUAGCUUGAUGAUGCAGCGACUUGAAUCAGUGUUGCGAGGCCCCUUUGACACGUAAUGAGAUCCUGGCCCCUCACUGUGUGUGUGUGUGUGUGUGUGUGUGUGUGUCGGAGGGGGGGGGGGACUUUACUCUGGUGCUUUGACUACGUGUACUGCUCCCAUUUCUCCUGUUCCUCCUACAUUAUCCGAUAAACACAGCAUGUCCUACAACGUUUACUGACCCGAUGUAGGACAACAGCAACGUCACCCUCCCUGUGGCAAACAAUCAGAUGUAAAAAAAAUGUAAAUCGUUUUGCAAAGUAUUAAAAACAUGGUGACCCCCAAAAUGGCCUCGCCAGAAUUUUAGAUACUUUAAAUUAUUUUUUUCUCCCUGUGUUCCUUUUUAAUGUAAAAAAAAGGCUAUCAAAGAUUCCUUCAGAGUACUUGUCACGUUUCCCUCCUUUUCCAGUCAUGUCCAUGCGCCAUCGUCCUUUGCUCUUUUUUUGCACUAAAACCUCAGCUUAUUUAAUUUAUUUGGUACAUUCACUUCAAAUUAAGUUCAAUAACCUACCAAUUUUAAACAUAAGUCAAUACUAUUUAAUGUUGGAUAGUGUAAGUGUAAAAACAAAAAACAGACAGACGGAAACAUAUUUUUCUGAGUAAAAGUGAUGCUUUCAAGGAGUUUGUAAGCCAUAGCCUCAUGGCUACAUGAACAAUUUAAAUUCUCCUGGGUUAUAUUCCAUUCAGCUUCUUAGUCAUACCACUAGAUGCCUACACAGUUUAGAAAGCUGUACGCAGUUGAGUGAACCAACUGUAAAUUAGCUUCAACAAUUGCCUUACAAACCUGUUUUUUCAAUGUAAAUUCAUGCCUGUUCAGUUAAUUGCCUUUACAAACACAUAUUAACCACCCUCCUUGACUUAUGUUCUACUCUCCUAAGGGACUGAAAGGAAAUACUGAUUCACUUUGCUUUUUGGAAAAUAUUUUGUGAAUGUACUUUUAACUACAUCUGCCAAAGACUUAGUUUGAUAUUUAAUAUUUUAUUUACAGUAUAUGUAUGCAUCAAUAAAGCAGUAUUAUCUUUUAAAUAACUAGUCAACACUAAACAUGUGUGUCGUCACAGUUCAACAGGCGAACAAACAUGAUGCAUAUGACUGUAAACGAAAAAAGGUGAAAUUCAGUGACUCAAUACUCCAUCAGUUGCAUUAAAAUGCUGCUUUGUAGAAUCAUUUGUGAAUAAUAUGAGGACAAUUCUUCUCUGUAAAUAAUAUCACACACACACCGUUGCAGUAUCAUACUAAUGUACUGGCUCCCUUUGUAGAUAUGCGGACUGAAGAAAACGUGCAUUACAUUUGUGUCGUAAUGUAAUGUUGUGCAAUGAAAGAAAGGCACAACUGCUGUAUAACCUGCAGCUUCAUAUGCCGUGUCAGCAGGUUUCAGAUACUAACAUCACAUAGGUUGUCUUUGUCAUUUUAUUUUGUUUAUCAUGACAAUGUCAUGAUGAUGUUUUAUGUCACUAUGCAAUGAGUUAAAUGGCUUUCUGUAUCAUCUUUUGUUGUUGAACUCAGAUUAAAUAAUCCCCUUGGAGAACAGCAUACGCGGUAACAAUUACAAAAGACCUCCGGUGUGACGUGGUUUCUCUCUCAUUUCACUUUUGCGCCACAUUUUCCCCCGAAUGAAGAUGCGAUCAAACUGCCAUCAUUGGCAACAAUCAAAGAUACUGUCCUGUUUGCCGUUAGUAGAUGUUGUGAUCAUUAUGUUAAUCCAAAUUACCGUCAUCCGCGCCUCCAUGUACAGAAACACAUCCUCGCUUAUUACCCUUCCACUCACUCUGCCAAUACAACUCUUUAGCGUACGGCAUCCAAGACGAGGUUUACUUAAAUUCCACUCGAGCAAAUACAUCAUCUGGUACCAGAGUUAACUGUAAGACGAGGGCGCCAGAUAACAGAAAACAGGCCCUGCUCUUUAGGAGAAGCUAUCCUCCACCAUUUGCACUUCAGAUAAGACUAUUUCUGUCUCCAGAAAUCCCAAAACAAAACACUUGGUGCAGUUUGCGAGCUGCCGCCAUGCAGGCGAAGUCUUUGCUUGUGGAAACGGGGCACCUCUGAAGGAACAGGUCUUCUGCUGUUGUAAAGAUGAUACAGGAGAUGUGUCAUGGACAUAAACAGGAUUCCUGAUGAAAAUCCAUACGGAAAGACUCGUGGCCUCAAUCAUUGUUCUGUUUCAGUUCUGUUCCAAUUCUUUCUGUGCACAUGAGAAAUAAAUUCUUUUUUUUUAUGUCA